AAAAAUUGGGUCUACCAAACUGUAUCAAGUAAACAAUGCUGCUGCAUUUAUAAAAGCACUGAGUAUUAACCAAUUUCCUCAUUUACUUUUGGAGCACAGUUCAAAAUGUGGUACUCACCUCUGCUUAUCGUCUCUUCGUUCGCGCUGUGCUUGGGUGUCGGUCAAGUGCAGCAGCCUACGCGCUUGGAACAAAAUGUGUGGGAAUCAUUCGCACCCGGUGAAUUGCUGCGCCUUUUGGAACACUCAACAUACUUAACACCUGCCAUAGCACAACGUAGAUCAGAUUCAGCACCAACAACCAGUUUACUACCUGCUGAACCGGAAGCAAUUGCUUAUUCGACACCACAACCAACGUUGAAACGUACAGAAACGUCAACGGAUAACACUUAUGAAUAUCCCGCGGAAGAUCAGUUGUAUGCACCGUCAAGUGAUGAAUUUAAUUACGAUCAGGCAUAUGAAGCUUUUGUACGUCAAUAUUUUAGCGAUAAAUUAGCAGAAGAAGACGACGAUUCAACUGAGAAGAAUGAUGACGAGGCGCUAGAUGGCGCUGGAAGCGUUGAAGAGCAACUGGAAGCGGAACGCAACUCAGCAUCAGCGGAAACGGAAACGGAACCAUUGACAGAGGAAACGAAAAAUCAAGCACAACACAAAAAGAAAGACAAAUGUCGUCGCGUUAAAAAACAUAAACAGAAUUGUAUGGUAUGUGAAAAUGUACGUACUGGGGAAAAAUCUGAAUCUUGCUCUUUUUCACGCGAAAGUGAGCCACAAAGGUAUGCCUUCGAAAAAGAAACAAGUUAUAAAAAGCAACGUGACGCUGAAGAACCCUCAUCGCAAAGUGUCGAACAAACGUCUUCGGAGGAAGUAACUGCUAAAACUACUUCAGAUGAAACUAAUAAGCGAAAUAUAAAAAAUAGACGCACUCAAGAUAAAGCGCCAAAAGAUAGUAGCACUUGUAUACAAAUGGUGCGGCGUGGAAAAGUUUGCUAUCAAUGCGUCGAUGGCGACGGCACUACCAUCAAAUGUUAUACACCCAGAAAUGCAAGAGCUGCCAGUGACAAUAGACAUCGUGCGGCUAAAGGGAAGGAACAUAAAACUAAGAACAAACAACAACGUAUUUACAAACGCACAAUUUCGUAUUCCUACGAAAAGGGCACAAAUGGGACCAACGCAAAUGAAUCUGAACAUGAGACUGCACAGCUGAAAAAUGGUACUGCCACUAACAGCUCACCACAGUUGAAAAAGAAAAUAUAUAUAAAAGUCGUUAAAGAAAAUGAAACCGUAGCAGAAUGAGACCUCUAAGGUUCCUGCAGUGUUGAUUCUAGAUUUUAGUAAUUUUUUCAAAUAUUUUCCACUUCAAUUUUUCGAUUUAAAUACACAUUCCAGCGAGACAAAACAAUUUCACAUGAAAUUGAGAACUUAAUCUACACCUUAGUUUAUUUU